GCGCAUAAAUUAUUUUUCCCUCAUCAAGACACCAACAAGCAACAGCACAAAGCCCUCUCUCUCUCUUACACACGCACAGACACAGGCAGAUAGAGAGAAAAGAGUUGCCAUCUUCCACUCCCACCCACAAUUCUCUCUCUUUGAUUCCAAUUCAACCAAUCAAAGACCCCACAAAUCUCCACAUUUCCCUCAACAACAAUGCCAGCUUCCCCUUCUUUCCCUUCAGAUGGCAGAGGCAAAUGGAAGAGGCGAAAGCGGGAGUCCCAAAUCACUCGUAAACAACAACCUAAACAUGAAGACCCUGACGAAGAUGACGAAGACGACGCCGUUGAGGAGGAAAACAAUAAUAAUAACAAUCUCGACCAGCGGGAUGAUGAUUCUGAGGGCCCUAAUCCCAAUCCCAACUCAGCUGCUGCUGCUAUCGAUCCGAACCAUUUAGAAACGGAGGUUCUUGCCGAUGGUGGGGUUCGCAUAUGUGACUUCCCUUGUGUUACUAAGCUUGUGGUGAAUCGCCCUCAUGCGUCUGUUUUCGCUAUUGCGGCUAUAGAGAGGGCUAAUUUAUCUGGGGAGAGUAGUAGUAAUAGAGGGCAGGUGCCGAAUUUGGAGAAUGUGUCUUACGGGCAGCUGCAGGCAGUCUCCGCUGUGCCUGCUGAGGGUUUUGGGUCCGAUCAGGAGAGAAAUGAUGGAGGCAAUCCGGCCUAUGUGGUCACGCCACCUCCGAUUAUGGAAGGGACUGGUGUUGUCAAACGCUUCGGAGGUAGAGUUCAUGUGGUUCCAAUGCAUUCAGAUUGGUUUUCACCAGCUGUGGUAAAUCGAUUGGAAAGACAGGUGGUGCCACAUUUUUUCUCUGGCAAAUCACCAGAUCAUACACCAGAGAAAUACAUGGAAUGUAGGAACUACCUUGUUGCUAAAUACAUGGACAAUCCAGAGAAGAGGAUCACAGUUUCUGAUUUUCAGGGAGUGGUAUUUGGUAUUGAUAACGAAGAUUUAACUCGAAUUGUUAGGUUUCUUGAUCACUGGGGAAUUAUCAAUUACUGUGCAGCCCCACCAAACCGUGAAUCCUGGAAUGGUGGAUCCUACUUAAGAGAGGAUCCAAAUGGCGAGGUUCAUGUGCCAUCAGCUGCUUUAAAGUCCAUUGAUAGUCUGAUCAAAUUUGACAAGCCCACAUGUAGGCUCAAGGUAGCUGACCUUUAUUCAUCAUUGCCAUGUCACGAUGCCGAUUUCUCUGACUUGGACAACAAAAUUCGAGAGCGCCUAUCUGAAAAUCAUUGCACUUAUUGUUCUCAGCCUCUUCCUGGCAUUUACUAUCAGUCGCAGAAGGAGAUUGAUGUCCUGCUAUGCUCUGAUUGCUUCCAUGAGGGGAGGUUUGUAACUGGACAUUCGACCCUGGAUUUUAUAAAGAUGGAUCCAACCAAGGAUUAUGGUGAUUUGGAUGGAGAGAGUUGGAGUGAUCAGGAAACACUAUUGCUGCUUGAGGCAAUGGAAAUUUACAAUGAAAAUUGGAAUGAAAUUGCAGAACAUGUUGGAACAAAAUCAAAAUCACAAUGCAUCCUUCAUUUUCUUCGUCUACCCAUGGAGGAUGGCUUGCUGGAAAAUAUUGAAGUUCCUAGCAUGCCCAAUUCGUCUAAUUUAUCAAGUAGGGAUGAUCAUGGAAGAAUACAUUUACAUUCAAAUGGUGAUCUACCAGGGUCUAGCUGUCAAGAUGCUGAUUCUGAAAGCAGGAUCCCUUUUGCAAAUUCUGGAAAUCCGGUUAUGGCAUUGGUUGCGUUUCUGGCCUCCGCUGUUGGACCGAGAGUUGCUGCAGCAUGUGCCCAUGCAUCGUUGGCGGCAUUGUCCGAGGAUAACCGGAUGAAUUCAGAGAGAUUACACAGUAGAGAAGGUAGUUUUCAUGGAGAAGUUGCAAAUUCAAUACAACAGAAAGAAGGGCAGAAUGAGGCAGAGGGUGGUCCUGUAUCUGCAGAUAAAGUCAAAGCUGCUGCAAAAGCUGGUCUUGCGGCUGCAGCAACUAAGGCAAAACUGUUUGCAGAUCAUGAAGAGCGGGAAAUUCAAAGGCUAUCUGCCAAUAUCAUUAAUCAUCAGCUGAAGAGGUUGGAGCUGAAGUUGAAGCAGUUUGCGGAAGUGGAAACUUUUCUAAUGAGAGAGUGUGAACAAGUGGAGAAGACGAGGCAGAGGUUUGCAGCUGAGAGGGCUCGCAUGAUGUCAACCCGGAUUGGACCUGCUGGGUCUACUUCACAAAUGAAUCUGGCAGGUGUUGGUCCUUCCAUGGUUAACAAUAACAUCAGCAGCAAUAGGCAACAAGUGAUGCCUCCCUCCUCGCAACCAAAUAUUUCGGGAUAUGGCAACAAUCAACAAGUGCAUCCACACGUGUCAUUUAUGCAACGGGGACAACAACAGCCAAUGUUUCCUCUAGGGCCAAGGCUCCCUUUAGCAGCUAUACAACCAUCCUCAUCUGCUCCAUCAAAUGUUAUGUUCAAUGCCUCUGGGAGUUCUCAGCCAAGUCUUAAUCAAAUGCUGAGGUCCGUGUCGGGGCCUAGCUCUAGUUUAGGUUGAAACAGAAGAAUAAAUGUAAAUUGGUAAUUAUUGGCUCACUUUCUGUGCUGCGACCGCGGGGUUUGACGAUAUUGCUGGUAGGGGCCAAGAGUUUUGAUCAGCCUUGGCUUUUGGAAUUUCGAUAUGGAUAUAACGGUCGGUGCAGUAUGGAGGGCUUGUAACAUAACAUUCUGUUCGGAUUUAAUUAUUUACUCUUGCAAUGGAUUAGGAAAAGUUGAUUUUGCAAAUGAAUAAAUCUGAGUGUUAAAUUGCCGCACA